AGUGCCACACCUAGAACAUAAGGAAGUUUCAGGCAAGGGGUCAAAUUGGAGCUGCAGCUGCCACCCUACACCAUAUCCAUAGCAAUAUGGCAUCUGAGCCACAUCCACAGCAAUGCCAGAUCCUUAACCCACUGAACAAGGCCAGGGAUUGAACCCUGCAUCCUAUGGAUACUAGUCAGGUUCAUAAUCUGCCAGGACCAGCUCAGCAGGAUGGGGCUAAAGGAAGGGUGCUGUGAAACUUAGAAAAAAAGUUAACAUAAAACAAAACACAGAGACUUUUACCUUAAGUAAAGGUGGAAACUGGGGGACUCAAGGUCUCAGGGACCAAGAGCACUGCCUCAAGAAACCACACUGCUUUUAUUGUGCUCUUGAGGAUUACGUCAAGUGAGGAGGGGGUUGUAGGUGUAGAAUAUAGGUUUUUUUAAGUUAUUUUAAAAGUCACAUAGCCGGUUGCUGAUCAAACUUUUACUCUGACCUUUAGGCAUUUAACAGUCAUUAGCAUUUGAGGAAGCUUGGUGUCAGCUAUCUAUGCACAGCAUUCUGGAGAAUCAUCAUUGUGCUUCUGCAGACCGUGCCUAUCUGCAGCAACCCAGAGUGCCUAGGUUUGCACUUUGGUUCUCCUUGCUAAUGUGUAUCCUGCUAACCACCCCUCAUAAACCUCUUGGGGCCAUAAGGCUCCUCUUUCUUUUGUUCUUAAGAAGAGGAGGACAUAUCAUGCUGUGCAAAGGGUGUGCCAAUCUGCACAGGUUCUUCUGCCUAGACCAGUGCAUUAUGUCCUCAUUCAACUGACCCUAUGAAUAACUUAUGCCUUUAGGUCUUUGUGCUUAAGCUUAAGUCAUUCACCAGCACUGAGACUGUUUUUCAAGCAGGAAGGUGGGGUAAAGUAAGACAGGACAAGAUGGAGUUUUCAGCAAAGAGGCUAAGAAAAUAUUGUAGAAACAUGCCUCACGACAAUAAUCCAUUGAGCCACAAUGGGAACUCCAGUUUUUACCUACUUUUGAAAUUUCAUCUCCUAAGGGCCAGUUAGCUCCGUUGGUUUGAGUGUGGUGCUAAUAAUAAAAUUUCAUCUCUUUCUGAUAUCAUUCUCAUUCAUUUUAAACAACCAUUCUAGACUUCUAAUUUCUUCCUAAAUACCAGAAUCUUACCUGUGUCAUGGCUUUUGCACAUGCUACACUAUCUUCCUCAUCUGUUUUUCUUCUUGUUUUCCAUAGGACUGACUCCUUUUCCUCUUUUAGUCUCAGCCUAAAUGUCUUUUCUUUGGAGGUAACAUUCCUUGGUUACUGUAUCCAAUAUGUGCCCUUGUAUUUAUUCCACUUUAAUAUUCUGUCUUUCUCUUCCACAGACUGAAGAACAUUUAUAAUUAUCUUAUCUCCUUUUUUAUUUUUGACCAACUAGACCUUAUGUUAUGUAGCCCUUAUGAUGGUAGAGGUCAUAUCCUUUUGGAUAGAUGCUAAGUAAAUAUUUGUUAAAAGAAUGUGUGCAGAGUAGCUGAAAGCAAUAAAACAGUGUACCAGUAUAAGAUAUUAAAAUGACCAACAUCACUGUAUUUUAUCUUCAUAGUAAAUUUUAUGGUGUGAAACUUGCAAGAUAUUUCGCUUCCUUAAUUUACUCUUUUCAUACCAUUGCUUGAUUUUUGUAGUUGACUAGCUUAUUGGUGAGAGGAUAUUCAAGAUCUAGGUAAAAUACAAAAUUUAGAGAUAUUACACAUCUGGACUUGUGGAUAAAACACCUGAAGAUAAAGAAUGUAGAAGAAUUGGUUAUAGCUAAAAUAAGUUGACAUAAUCAUCCUAUGAAUAAGCAAGCAAAGAAUAUUCAGGGUCAUGCUUAGCCAAGGUAUAUGCUGAGGCAUGCUGGGAUGCAAACAGAACUAAUUUACUGAAUUCUAUGGAUCAGUCCUGGCAUUUACAUAGAACCUUAUAAUAGAGUCAGCUAUGAAGAAGCCUCUGUCAGCAAGUAUGCACAUAUCUAUGUGUUUGCAUUCAUUACUUGAUACAUAUGCAGGACAAUGGAAAGAUUUCUCCUGCUAUAGAAUAAUAUGACACAUGAUUUUCAUAACAGUCUGUGGCAAUCAGUAAACAACAAACAAAAGGAACACAGCAACAUUUUUCAAAUAUACAUGGAAUUGCUUGGGAAUUUAGCUGUUUUAGGAGUGUACAGUUGGAACUAGUUAGCUGCUUUCAAUCUGAUAUGCCAAAAAUGAGUAAUUUUCUCAAACAAAUAUUUUAGAAAAUUCUGUGGAAAGUAGCAUGCAAGCAAUAACUCAUAUGUAUCCAUCAUACAAUACAAAAGGCAAACCUAUCUUAGGUAUCGGAAUUAAAGAGUUAUUAUAUCUAGUGCCUAAGAAAGAACUGUUGGUACUUCCUAUUUAUUUAUUUAAUGUAAAUUCUUCAGUAUUUAUUCAUGAGCUUCGAGCAUUUAGAACUAAAAAGACGCUUAGGAGUUAUCUGUGCUGGACUCUAGCUCUGGUUCCAGCAGGCCUCCAACAAAUGGUUAAUGCUUAUCUUCUUAUCCUUAAAGAACAAAGACUAAGGACAUUAUGGUCGGCCUCUAUCACCCAACCCAGUGUUUAAAAGUCUCUUCUGUUUCCCAUUGCAAGUGUAGAAGUGUCAGAGACAAAACUCAGCAACAAUUCGUGACACUUCAUUUCCUAAUGUAAUUGUGUCUUUUUUCCCAUAGAAAUUGCCAGUCUUUAUCCCAGUGUGAGUUUAUACAGCCAUCAAGCCUUCUUCUCAGUCCCAUGGGUUAUGAUUAAGUAAUGAACAUAAUUUAUGGAUUAGGCAUACUCUUUAGUGACUUAAACUCUUCUCCUGUUCUUUGCUCAUUUUUUUUUUUUCUUUAGCUAAUGAAUCAUCUCCAAUAAGGGGAAAGUGUAAAAAUCAAAGCUCUUUGCUACCAUAUUUUUAUACUGACUUGAGGGCUACAGAUAUAGAUUUUAUAUAUCCAUGAUAUGUUUGCAUUACUCUUGUUCACUGAGGACUAUUUACUUAAAGGAGUCAUGCCCAAAAGAUAGAGUGAUUUAAAUCCCUUGGAAUGGUUCUCUUAUGAUAGAGUUAAAACUUCUAUGAUCAUAGAACUUCUAAAACCUAAGUGUGUAAUCGUAAGUAUCCUCUAAAAUAGUCUCAUCUUUUCCAUCUUUCUUUCUUUCUUUACCAUUGCAAGUAUAUCUUCUGCACAUCCCAUUCUGAGUAAGAGGGGAGAAGAGUAGGGUGCUAUUAAACUGUUAGCUAAAGUGUAAGGAACGCUCCAGUAGCAGCAGAAGAUUCAUAUAUUCCCUGUACCACCUUUUAGGGCUGGCUAUUCCUCAGUAGUCAUUCACAAGUAUCAUUAACGUACAGAAAAUAUUAAGUUCUUUUUAUGUGACAAAAUGGUUGAGAUGAUGGACUAAGUGCCGGUUCCAAAUCCAUUUUUUACCAGCUGCAUGCUUUGGAUAAAGUUAUUUAACCUAGCCAAACUUCAAGUAUUCACCUAGUCUGUAGAGAUAGAAAUUAUAAUGGUACCUACCUCAUAAAGUGGUAAUGAAGAUUAAAUGAGUUAAUGCCUGAAAAGCACAUAAAAUAGUGCCUAUUGCAUAGUAAUUGGUAAUUUAUUAUUGCAUAGUAAAUAGUCAUAAAUAGCCAUUAUUAUAUGUUUUAUUUGUAAAAUCAACUUACUACUAGGGAGCAUGCCUAAGCAUUUUAUUUGGACUGUGAAAAGGAAAGCUGGUACCAUGUCCUGCAUCUGUCAAUUUAUUGCUGUGUAUUUAUUUGUAUAUCUUACUUAGCUACACUUAACCAGCAUCAGAUUCUGUUCUUUUAAGCAUAGCCAAAUAGGGUCACUCUCAUAUUUAGUGGACAUAAAUAAAAAUGACCUUAUUUCUCUCUUUACCUAAAUUUGAAGUCAAUAUGGUUGUUUUAUUUUAUUAAAUAAAUAUAUAAUGAAUUAAAUACAUAAAUGAGAUUUCCAACUGGGAAACACAACAAUAAUGAGAAGAACUGCUUUUUUUUUUAAGACUGAACUUCAUUUUGUCUGGAGAUUUACGAUUUUUUUUUCAUUUUUUUAAAGUUUUAUUGAAAGUUCCCAUUAUGGCUCAGCGGUAAUGAGCCCUACUAGUAUCCAUGAGAAUGGAGAUUCAAUCCCUGACCUUGCUCAGUGGGUCGAGGAUCUGGCAUUGCCGUGAGCUGUGGUGUAGCUCGUACAUGCAGCUCAGAUCCCGCUUUUCUGUGGCUGUGGCUGUGGCUGUGGCUGGCAGCAAGAGUUAUGUUUUAGAAAUUUAUGAAACUGUCCAUUUUGCCAAAUAUACUUUUAAAUAGAAUCAUAUUUUAUUUUUUGAUUAGUAUGCCCACUAUGUAGCAGCAAUUGUGUUAAGUAUUGAGGGUACAGAUGAGAAUAAAACAUAAUUUCAUGUGAGUAUGAAGACAUGAGGAAAUUAACAAAGUAUUGAGAACUAUAUUUCAGGUGUUCACAAGGUGUUAGAAAAGUACAGAAAAUAAAACAUAACAGUCCUGUGAGGAGUGGCUACAGAGGGCAAGUGGUGCUGAAAAGUAAUUUUGAGAUACAGUGAUGCUUGAGCUGAGAGUUUAAAAAUGAUUUAGACAAAGGAAGAAAGUUGAAAAAAAUAUAAAGGGCUUCCAGACAGAGGAAGCUAUAUUCAAUAUAAUGGGGAAGGGGGAGUGAUCAAAAGAUAACGGCACUUUUGUGAGUGAGAUCAGUGUGUUGUGAGUGAAUAAAGCAUUUGAGGACAUGGCUGGUACCAAGUCCAGAGAUCAUGCAGGCAUUGGCCCUCAUGGUUCUUAUAAGGCAGGUCAAGGGUUGUGAAUUUCUUUGGAAGGCAAGAGAGAACCAUGGAAAGGUUCUUAAGUAAAAUUUUAUUUUCAUAUUUGGCAUUUUAGAAAAAUUCCCCUGGCAGCAAAGUUGAAGAUAGAUUGGAAGAGAGCCUGAAUGAGGAAGGAAAACUAAUUAGAAGGCAGUUAUAAUGGAGAACAUUAUGAGUUAAGGCAGUGAGUGUGAGAAUGGAAUGGAGAAUUGGAGAAUUACUUAAAAGGUAAAAUUAGUAGGACUCGGUGACUGAUGUCUCUGAACAAGGGAGGAGUUAGCAGUAAUUUCCAAACUGAGGGAUGUGGUGCUGCCCUCUGCUGAGAGGGCCAUAUAAGCAAAAGAGCAAGACAGAUAAAGAAUUCCUUUUUAGUCAUAGGUUAAAUUUUACAUCCAAGACUUCCUGUAAAUCAUGGGGUUCCCUAGCAGAGAUAACUAGAUGGCUGUUAGAAAUCUAGAUUUAAAAUUCUUAAAAUAUAAGUGGAAAGUAAAGAGAAUGGAUAUGUAUCAAAGUAUGUAAGGUUGUGUACUAUGAGUAUGUACAUGGUCAUGUAUUAUAUGAUAAAGUUAUAUGGUUUGAAUAAAAGUGAAAUAAGAGAAGGCCUAAAAAUGGAGACUUUAUAAAUGAUCAGUAUUUAAAGUGCCAGGAAAAGGAAGCCUUCAAAAGGUUCUUGAAAUGCAGUGGUAAAAAAAAGUAAGAAGUGGAAAUAAGAAAUGCCAUAGAAACUAAUGAACAAGAGAGGUCAAAGUAGAAAGUCCUUGCAUAUACAUAGAAAAUGUCUGAAAACAUCCACCCCAAUUGUCAGUACUGGCUCGCUCUGGGAUGUGGUAUUGAAGAGAAUGACAGUAGAACUGGGAAUUAUAAUUUGAUAUUUGAAUUUUUUAAAUGAAAGUAUAUUAUACCUCUCUUCUAUUUUUUCAACUUCUCAUGAGCUUAAAAUUUCAAAAUAAAAAGUCAAAACAAAAGUUGUGUUAAAAUGAAGUUACAGACAAUUGAAAAUUAUAAGUCAAUCAGUCAAACAAGCUGCUUAAUCAGAACAGAAUGAGGAGGGAAAGGGCAGCAUGGCAUGGUCAACAAUGUUAUAUGCAGAUAGGUCAAGAAAGAUGGGGACUGACAGCAGCCUUUUCGCUUGGUAUUUAGAUGUGGUCACAAAUGACCUUAUUAAAAGUACUUUCAAGGAAAGGCUAAGGGCAGAAGCUUGACUGCAUUUGCUGGGAAACAGAAAGUGAGGACAUGAAGAGGUGGCAUAGUCAUCUCAUCAAGGAGAAGCUUGAGUGUAAAGAAAAAGAGAGAGAUAGGAAUUUACAGUCCAAGCCGAACAACAACUUACCCUUACACAGAAACACAGAUGUACAGCCAAAACACUGGAGGGAAUUACUUUGAUACUCAAGGGAGUUCUGCACAGGUGACUACGGUGGUCUCGUCCCACAGUAUGGUGGGCACUGGUGGGAUUCAGAUGGGCGUCACAGGAGGACAACUCAUCAGCAGCUCUGGAGGAACCUAUCUCAUCGGCAAUUCAAUGGAGAAUUCCGGUCACUCAGUGACACAUACCACUCGGGCUUCCCCCGCGACAAUUGAAAUGGCGAUUGAGACGCUGCAAAAGUCUGACGGUCUGUCCACUCACAGAAGCUCUCUUCUCAACAGCCAUCUCCAGUGGCUGUUGGACAAUUACGAGACAGCAGAAGGAGUGAGCCUUCCCAGAAGCACUCUAUACAACCACUACCUACGACACUGUCAGGAACACAAACUGGACCCAGUCAAUGCUGCUUCUUUUGGAAAACUAAUAAGGUCAAUUUUUAUGGGGCUACGAACCAGGAGAUUGGGAACUAGAGGAAACUCCAAGUACCAUUACUAUGGGAUUCGUGUCAAGCCAGAUUCCCCUCUUAAUCGUCUGCAAGAAGACAUGCAGUAUAUGGCUAUGAGACAACAACCCAUGCAACAGAAACAAAGGUACAAGCCUAUGCAGAAAGUGGAUGGGGUUGCAGAUGGUUUCACAGGAAGUGGUCAACAGACAGGCACAUCUGUUGAGCAAACUGUAAUUGCCCAAAGUCAACAUCAUCAACAGUUUUUAGAUGCAUCUCGAGCACUUCCAGAGUUUGGAGAAGUUGAAAUCUCUUCUCUGCCAGAUGGUACUACCUUUGAGGAUAUCAAGUCACUGCAGAGUCUUUAUCGAGAGCACUGUGAGGCAAUAUUGGACGUUGUUGUGAAUCUUCAGUUUAGCCUGAUAGAAAAAUUGUGGCAAACAUUCUGGCGCUAUUCUCCCUCUACUCCAACUGAUGGCACUACCAUUACUGAAUCAAGCAAUCUGAGUGAAAUAGAAAGUCGACUUCCGAAAGCAAAGCUGAUAACUCUGUGCAAACAUGAGUCUAUCCUGAAAUGGAUGUGUAACUGUGACCAUGGGAUGUACCAGGCUUUGGUGGAGAUUCUCAUCCCCGACGUCCUUAGACCUAUUCCUAGUGCCUUGACCCAAGCCAUUCGAAAUUUUGCAAAAAGCCUUGAAGGUUGGCUUUCCAAUGCCAUGAACAAUAUUCCACAGAGAAUGAUACAAACCAAGGUUGCAGCUGUAAGUGCCUUUGCCCAGACUCUGCGAAGAUACACGUCGCUCAAUCACCUGGCCCAGGCAGCUCGUGCAGUGCUUCAGAACACUUCUCAGAUUAACCAGAUGCUCAAUGACCUCAAUCGUGUCGACUUUGCCAAUGUCCAGGAGCAGGCUUCCUGGGUGUGCCAGUGUGAUGACAACAUGGUUCAGAGACUAGAAACCGACUUCAAGAUGACUCUUCAGCAGCAGAGCACCCUGGAGCAGUGGGCUGCGUGGCUUGACAAUGUGAUGAUGCAAGCACUGAAACCCUAUGAAGGAAGACCCAGUUUUCCUAAAGCGGCCAGGCAAUUUCUGCUAAAAUGGUCUUUCUACAGCUCAAUGGUUAUUCGGGACUUAACCUUACGCAGUGCUGCUAGCUUUGGCUCCUUCCACCUGAUCCGUCUACUCUACGACGAGUAUAUGUUCUACUUAGUAGAACAUCGUGUUGCUCAGGCAACAGGAGAGACACCCAUAGCGGUCAUGGGUGAGUUUGGUGAUUUAAAUGCUGUGUCUCCUGGAAAUCUGGAUAAAGAUGAAGGCAGUGAAGUGGAAAGUGAAAUGGAUGAGGAAUUAGAUGACUCUUCAGAACCUCAAGCCAAAAGAGAGAAAACUGAGCUGAACCAGGCAUUUCCGGUGGGCUGUAUGCAGCCUGUUCUGGAGAGCAGCGUGCAGCCAAGCCUCCUGAAUCCAAUUCACAGCGAGCACAUCGUCACCAGUACUCAGACUAUCAGACAGUGCAGCGCUACAGGAAACACCUACACUGCAGUCUAAAGAAUAUUAAAGCGUAUUUUUCCAGCUAACAUUAACCCUGUUGAUAUUGGGCUUAAGUUGAAAUUUUAAUAAGCCUGAAGGUCGACUGUUGUCAAAUUCUAUCUAUGCUGAACAUUACCUUUUUGGAGUUGUGAAAUGGAAUGGGUGUAUGUAUUUUGCCAGGUCUCUCUCUUUUUUUUUAAUGUAAACAAAUUAUUUGCCUCUUAAUAAUGAGUUUUUUUUUCCCUUAGUUUCGGGUGUCAAGAAGGAUUUUUACAACACUUAAUGUCAAUGUUUUUGUUUUCUUAUAAUUAAAAAGUAAUUUACAUUUUUUUGUAGCUUAAAAUAUUUUAUUGUUGAUUGUUAGUCUUGGUGUAUGAUUUCAUGUGUAAGUUUUUAAUUAGAUGCACUUCUGUGAAAUAUCAAAAGAAAUGAUUUUCUUUGAUUUACACUGGAGGCAUGCCCAUUUGGCAGCAGAUGCAUCAAAUUUGCUUUUGAAAGGUGCUUUUCAUUGGACAGAACCACAAGACACUAUUUUGAUAACAUUUUGGAGUAUGGAAAGAGAAUACAGAGCAUUUUUAUUAUAGCGCUAGAGGGUUGGGAAGGUCAUCUAUUUUUCUCUGAAGCAAAAUUGAGCUGUGCGUUUAUCAGUUCAGAGUAAAUGACAGAAUUGCAAGAGAUUAUGCUAAUAUGUACAUAAUUUGUGUACAUAAUUAUUAAACCAUGUUAAUGCAAGCUUCCGUUAAACAUUGAAUUUUAACUGUUAUUUGCAUACCAAUUCCUCUGUUUGAAGACUACUGAUUCUGUAUUUGGGACCACUGCACAGAUGCAGUCUGCUGUUGAGUGGGGCUGUUAUAGUUAGAUACUGAAGCUGAAAAAAAUGACUUGACUUUUUUUUUUUUUUUUUUUUUUUUCUUUUAAGUGUACAUGCUACUUAUGCUGAGCUGGACAUACAGGAAACCAUUCCAUUUGGAUGACUUUCUUUUAUUCCAGGUCUUUUUCCUAAUAGUAGUUCAAUAUGCUGCUAUUAUAAAAGAAAAUUUAUAGAAUGCAAGGAAUGUAGCAACCUGCAUAUCAUUAUUUCCUUCAAAAAUAUUUCCUGGUUUCUAAAGUAUGUGGAUUUAAAUUUUAAACAGAACCUGAAGGCAGUGUAACUGGCACGCCGCACUGUUGCUUAUCCCCAAUUCUGUAGGAUUUGGAUAGGUGGCUGGAUGGACCAGUGCCAUUGAAGAAUGUACAUCAGGGAUCAUCGUACCUCGGCUAUUACAUGGUGCCUUAAAACAGAACUGAAGCUAAGGUUUAAUAAGGCUUAUUUUGUUCAUGUGAAUUCCUCUUCAAUCCAUUUGACAAGGUAUGCCUGUCAUUUUCAGAUUCCCAAAGUAAGGACAGGUAACAUGUUCUUCAAAGGAAAUUUAGGGCAAACAAAGCAAAGCAGACAAAAAUCAAUUCCCCUCUUUGACCGUAAAUCUAUUUUUUUGUUCCUAGAGCUGAAUAUUACUUGGUUGCAAAUCGCAUUGCUUAAGGAUUAAGGAUCAGAUUGCUAUUGUGGAAUAGCAGGCUAGUUUUAAUUACCAACUUUGUUACAUAAAUCAUAUGUGUUUUAGACCACUCUUAUCUAGUUAUAAUUUAAGAAAAUUAACAAAAUAAGCAGGUACUUAUUGAAGUGCAUCUUUUCAGUCUAAAUGUUUCUCUGUGUGUCUUGGUCUGUGUGUGUCCACAUGCACACACGAGUGCUCGUGGGCAGGAGUCAGCUACAAAGUCAGAAGGUGAGAUCCCAGAGAGGAUACACCCAUCCCUAUUUUAAUUUACAUGACAAGCAAGGUUCUUUUAAGCACUCAAAUAAUUAACAAAAAAAUAGGCACAUCCAUUUAUUUAAAUAGUUGUAAAAAAGCUAAUCAGCAGAAGUAAAUAGUACACAAAUACAUAGAGCCAAAAAAGAGGGAAAGCACAAAAUGAUUUACAGAUUAUUAAUGAGGCCUAUAUUAAACUCAAGGUAUUUAUCUUUCCAUUUUUAUUAGGGUGGGGGGGUGGAAAGGAGAGGGUGAGCCAUUCAUAAAGUUGAAAAUACCAAAUGGCUUAUCGGGUAACAUGCAGUACUCUUCAACAGUUGUUGCUCGGUUGCCUUAGACUACUCUAAAAACUAAGAUCAGCAAAGCUUCUUAAGUAAACUUUCAAUGAUUUAGAUGUAAUUUUUAAAUGAUUCCGAUUUUGUAUUAUACAACUCACUCACAUAUUUGAAGUCUUCACUAGCAUCCUGGCAUCUCCUUCAUUUAAACAUCAUUGAAAUGAUCAUCCCCUCUUUUUUCUCCCCAAAAGGCAAUGAAUUUGCACUCUCACACACACAUAAAGGCAAACAAAAUAUCUUAAGCUGCAAAGACCACGUGUCUACUUUAUUGUGCAUUAGGAAAGGUUUACAGGUAAAAUUAAAAUCUAAAGAGGAAAAAAGCAUUCUUCAUUUUGACCCUCCUUUCUGAAUUUUUUCACUUUCCCAUCCACCACCCCCCAACUAUAUUAUAUCUGUAUUGGACCAAAUGUAUUUACUAGUUUCAUCUUGGCUACUGAACAACUUUAAGUGUAUUUAUUAUCAUUGUUUAAUGUUGGAUAUAUUUGUAUCAUUAGAGGAAUCUGAUAAUAAUGGGCAAAUUUAGAUUGAUGAAAGUUAGGGCUUGGGGCCCUCCAGGAUUCAACAUUUCUUCCAAUUGUUCAUGGUUUGUUCUAAAUUAGGACAGAUAAGAUGAAUUAAAUAUUAUUACAUUUCAACUUCGCUCACUAAAAUUACUCUGAUGUUCUUUACGAACAGCUAGGAAUAUUAAUUCUUUGUGACUAAGACAGAUAGUUCUGACCAGCAGAUAAAAUAACAUCCAUGAUCUCUGCUAUUUCCAAUUAUCUGUAUUCACAAUGAGACAUACACACACACACAUCUUAACCAAUUUUGAAUUUGAAUUGUGAAAUAUACUAGAAAAUGAAAACAUUGUAAUUUAUACAGUAGAGCAAAUUGGAGCAAACAUUUAUCGAACAUUUUAUUUCUGUUUUUUUCAUUCACCGAAACUAUGAUUUUUCUAAAUCUUAACACACUAACACUCUCAGAUUAGAUUGAUUGACAAGUACACAUUGUAAGGACUUUUAAUAUUUCUUGACAUUAUGAUUAAACACUAGUCAUAAAAAAACAUCUAUGUAGACCCAAUGCUACACUUUCAGCAAGAAAAAACAUGAGGAAGGCAUGUUGGCUAUUUUUUUAAGUUUGAAAAAAGACAUUUCCACAUAAUAGGAUUGAGUAUCAUGGGUAUAGUUUGAUCUUCAUACACACUUUGAGACUCGUACCCCAAAGAUUUUCAUUCACAAAGCCAAUGAACAAUGGGGCGAAAUGGAUGAACCAUCUCCUUGGAACACAGGGCCCAGUUUUAAAUUUUUUCUUUGGAUAGCCAGUGUCUGGUCACUUUUUCAGGAUUCUUAUCCAAACUGUGUUUGGACUGACUGUAUAAGUCUUACUGCCUUUUCAGAAAUCUGCUUUCCUUUUUGUGCUUUUUCUUGUACUGUAUAGCACGAUUCACACAUCUCACUUGAGAUGGUGUACUUUAAAAACAAAAGUAAAUUUUAGAAAAUGAUUUUUAACACUGCAUACCUAAAAUUAGUAGUGUGCAACAUUGACUGCCUUUGAUUUGUAGUAGACGAGUAAAAAUGAACACGUUCUUGUAGAAUGCUGUCAAAGUUAUUCAAGAAUGAAUGCAGUUUCAUUACCGUAAUCAUGAACCUUUUUACAUGAACGCACUCUCUAGAAGUGCUAAACGUGAUGCAUUUUCAAAUUUGAAAAAUCCUUCAGAGGAUGUAUUUGAAAUGUCUAAAAUAAUGCUGUGCUUGAAACAUUAGUGUGAAAGAAAAUAAUAGGGGUCACUGUGAUGUUGGUCCACCCUGUGUGGUCACAAGUAGAAAGUAAAAAACUUUGGCAAGUCACCUUUGUGUACAAUUUGAGGCAGUGGUUAUGUACAACAAAUUGACCUUUGUUAUAACCUCCCCUCCCCCAAAUUUCAGUGAGAAAAAUCAUAAUCAUCAGACAAUUAAAAUUAGAACUGUGAUUUAUAUGACUCACACCAGAACAUGGGGGAGAGGGAUCGACAUGCAGUGCUAUUGAAAAUUGGUCUUGUCACUAGAUCAGAUCAGCCUCCAUGUAUAUGGGUAAAACAAAUCAAUCAAUGGAAUCCUGGUAUUUCUGCAAGUUUGGUGAUUUUUAAAAACAGGAAUAGAAGCAUUGAUUCAGUGCUUAGUUCUAGUAUUAGGAAACCCCUUUAAUGUAAUGCCUUGUAUUAACCCUUUGAGCAUUGUAAGAUAUACAAUGGGGGACAAAAGCCUUUCAGAUCAUUUAUUUAGAUUUAGACCGGUAAAAUAUACUCUAUAUCCAAAUGUCUAAUUAUGCUGUUUUUUUAAAGGGGGGGUAGGAAGAGAAAGUGUUUCCACGCUGAACACUUACAUUUUAUAUACAACUCUUAAUUUUCUUCAAGAGGGCUUGAUAUAUUUAUUCCCAAAUACUCACUGCC